AUGAAAUUCAACAUUUUUUUGCUCCUUUUGGCCACCUUUCUUGCUGUUGGGUCGCCUCAGGAAAUACAAAUACAUCCAGGCGAAUAUCUUAUUCAAAACAUUCAUACCAAUAAAUAUUGGGCAAAGCCAGAUUUGGCUUUUGGCAUUCCUCUACAAACCGAGGGUAAUGUAGUAUGGAAAAUUUUUGCCGUUGGCAAAAAUUUCUACAUUAGACCCCUCUCUCAUGUUCAGUUAUCACUCGCAUUAUUAGUAAAUGACAAACUUCUUAGACUCAGGGAAACUACUCCGAAUCCACAGAAUCUACAAUGGAUAAUACAUCCUUCCGGUAGCAAUGUAGCUAUUCAAUCUGCUGCGGAUUCAAAAAAGUAUGUAAAUACAGAUGUCUAUAAUAAGAUUGAUUAUCUUUCUCAAGGUUCUGAUGCUGAACCGAUGUGGAGAUUAGUACAUUAUGCUCCUAAAAGGACCAAACUUCUAUAA